GGGGCCGCCGCCGGCCAGGGCUUGCACCCGGGGCUGCGCGGCGAGGCCGGCGGCGAGCACGGCGAGCUGGGCGGCCACCACUGCCAGGACCACUCGGACGAGGAGACGCCGACCUCGGACGAGCUGGAGCAGUUCGCCAAGCAGUUCAAGCAGCGCCGCAUCAAGCUGGGCUUCACCCAGGCCGACGUGGGGCUGGCGCUGGGCACCCUGUACGGGAACGUCUUCUCGCAGACCACCAUCUGCCGCUUCGAGGCCCUGCAGCUCAGCUUCAAGAACAUGUGCAAGCUGAAGCCGCUGCUGAACAAGUGGCUGGAGGAGGCCGACUCCUCCACCGGCAGCCCCACGAGCAUCGACAAGAUCGCGGCGCAGGGGAGGAAGAGGAAGAAGCGGACCUCCAUCGAGGUGAGUGUCAAGGGCGUGCUGGAGACGCACUUCCUCAAGUGCCCCAAGCCGGCCGCCCAGGAGAUCUCCUCGCUGGCGGACAGCCUGCAGCUGGAGAAGGAGGUGGUGCGGGUCUGGUUCUGCAACCGGCGGCAGAAGGAGAAGCGCAUGACCCCGCCGGGCGAGCAGCCGCAGCACGACGUGUACUCGCACGGCGUGAAAACGGACACGGCCUGCCACGACCUCUGACCGCGGGCUGCGGCCACGGGACUGCCCGGCACCGGGACUGCCCGGCAUCGGGACGGCGACACCGGGACAGCGGCCCCGGGAUUGCCCGGCCAGGGGACAGCGGCCCCGGGAUUGCCCGGCACCGGGACGGCGACCCGGGGAUUGCCCGGCACCGGGACGGCGACACCGGGACAGCGGCCCCGGGAUUGCCCGGCCACGGGACAGCGACCCCGGGACUGCCCGGCCACGGGACAGCGACCCGGGGAUUGCCCGGCACCGGGACUGCGACCGCCCGGCUCCGGGACAGCGGCACCGGGACUGCCCGCCGGGCUUUAACUUAUGGUUUCGGGAGACGCGGCGAGGGGUC